AAACUUAAUUCUCCACUCGACAUUUGUUAAUCUAUUUGUUGACCCUUAGUGAUCAUAUGACAACACUGCCCAUGUAUCUCAUAUAACCUCGUCGAUUCGUUCCCUAUAGUUAUUUAUGCGACGUUGCCAAACGUCAGAAACGCAUAUAUUCAAAUCAUGCAAUAUGGAGCUGCUAUACAAAUCGGAAGAAUCGGAGUUUUUCAAUUCGAUCUUUUUCCAUUAUUUAUCCGGAAACUUAUGUUUUUCAAUGUCCCAAAAAAAAAUGAAAAGUAUAAUGUACAAAAUCAUUUACUAGUUAUCUCUACGAUAAAAUGUAAUUAAAACAACGAUUUGUUGAAUUGAAGGGGGGAGCAUCCAGUUCUUAUGGGCAUCAUUUAUCGCGUAAAACAAAGCUUUUAGUCUAUUCUAAAAACUAUAACUCUAAAAAGAGUUAUUCUGAAAGAAAUAUAUCGCUAAAAUAACUUGGAUAUCUUAAGCUCCUAACGAUUUUUCUAAAUUUUCGAUAAAUAUACUGCCAUCUUAGAAAAGUUCGCAUCAUAUUUUGUAAUUGUUUUAAAAAUGCAUAACAAAUUAUCAGGACACUUGCAAACCAUAUGAAUUAUAUUAAUAAUUAAUUUAUUCCAUCAAAAUAUCAAUUUGAUUUUUUAUUGUGAUGAAUUCUUUCACUCAUUCUGACAUCUGCCGCAAAUUCUCUUGAAACUUAUUCUACUUCGAUCUCCGUAAUAGUGGAAAUUUAACCUAUACAUGUGAUGACCUUGUUAACACAAAUGCGGAAAGCAAAACACCACGAGGUUCACAUAACAAAAAUAUAACCUACGUAUUGAGCAAUCACUUCAAUUUUGUCACCUGUGGAAUCUUCUUAUUAAAAAAAAAUGGUGAGGAAAUUGAAACAUCAUGAACAGAAACUACUAAAAAAGGUGGAUUUCAUAUCUUGGGAGGCAGAUAAUAACUUGCAUGAGGUGAAGAUUCUCCAGAAAUAUAGGAUACAGAAACGAGAGGACUAUACAAAAUAUAACAAAUUGGCACGUGAAAUUCGUGAAUUGGGUCUCAAGAUUAAAGAUGUGGAUCCAAACCACCCAUUCAGAAUUGAAAACAGUGCGGCUCUGCUGGAGAAAUUAUAUAUGAUGGGAUUAAUAGCAACUAAAUGGGAUUUAUCACAAUGUCAGAAGGUGACCGCUAGUAGCUUUUGUAGGAGACGACUGCCAGUGGUUAUGGUCAGGAACAAGAUGAGUCCAAGUAUAAAGAUGGCAACACAGUUUAUCGAGCAGGGACACGUACGAGUAGGCACUGAAGUUGUCAAAGACCCAGCUUUUUUAGUUACCAGGAAUUUGGAGGACUUCGUGACAUGGACGGAUUCGUCGUCGAUCAGAAAACACGUUUUGGAAUAUAAUAACAUUAAAGAUGAUUUCGAUUUGUGAAUAUCCAUCCCCGAUUUUUUCAUCUUGGACAUGUGUUGCUCCUGUAUCAACUGGACUUCUCUACAAUUUAUUUUUAUGCAGAAUCAUUUGAUUAAAUGAUUUGAUAUUUUUUGCUUUCGACUGGAAGCAUUGAUUUAUAUCAGCAUUUUACCUGAGGGGGAAUCCUAGCAAGCAGCACUUUGAAAUCACAAUCUUUUCAUUAAGUUCUGCUGCAUUGGUUCUAUAUACAGGAUGUCUCAUGCAAAGCCAUGAGUUUGCUCGCGAUUAGUGAACUUUUCGUCUUUUGUACCAUAAAUUCAAGGAUUAAUUACUGGAUUACAUGACUUAAGAAGGCUG